CCCAUGCAUGAUCUGAACACUAUUAGCUGUCAGUGUAUGUGGAAGUUGAAAUUCUACGCGCCUUACUCGCUGGCGACGUUUGCGCAGGCUGAGAUCACUGUUUCGUGCAGACAGCGGACAUUUACUCAACCAAAACAAAUCCCCUUUUGAUCUGUCCUCGACGCCUGGAAGAACAGGCGUUUGAUGCAAAACAGCCCUGGCGAAGCAAACACCGCAAACACCGUACGCACCAGUCAUGACGGACAAUCUGGCCCUCGUCAUAACGUUCGUGUUUUUGUCAGCUCUAAUCGUCGCUGCUAACUUGACAGUUUGUGUUAUUGUUUAUCUACGAAAGAGCAUGCGGACUUACACCAACGGGUUCGUGGUAUCGCUUGCGUUCAGCGAUCUUUUGAUUGGAAGUGUGUUAAUUCCUGCCGCGCUGGUCUCUCCUCAUUCAGUCGAGAUGGGUUAUUUGAUUUCUAUCACGCUUCUGUCAGGUGUUUUUAAUCUUGUUUCUGUGACCUUCGAUCGCUACGUCUCUGUUUUAAAAGCAUUGCAGUACGAGAAUAUCAUGAGGAGCGCUUUUAAAGGAAUACUCGUCGCAAGCUGGUUAUUUUCCUUCAUUAUCUCUUUAAUCCCUCUAAUUUGGGGAACGAACACGACCGUGCUUGCGCAUAAGAUCUACGUUGUCAGCGAAAUUGGACUGUGCGUGUUACUACCCUACGUGUUCAUUUUUGUAGGAUACGUACGAAUCUUCACGCAGGUGAAAAGAAGUGUCGAACGCGAGAGAGCUAUCACUGCCUCGGUGAGGAAAAAUUUACAACGGAAGAGCAAGAUUUCUUCAGAGGGAAAGCUCGCUCAGGUCUUUAUAAUAGUAGCCGUUAUGUUUGUUGUAAGUUGGCUUCCUAUCCAAUAUAUGACAGUCGUGCACGAAAUAGGACGUCCUGAGCUCAUCCCGAACGAUCUCGAAAUCGUUUCGUUAUUUACGAUCGCUCUUGGCUCGCUUAUAAACCCACUGGUAUACUCCUUUCUUAAGCCGGACUUUCGUAAAGCCAUCCGACAUGUCUUAAAUUACCGAAGAGAUCUCCGCCGAGGACGUUUGAGAGGAAGUUUAUCAACGCCGGCCAGUUGCAAAUCACAAACCACAAAUUCGAGUUGUAAAUCGCGUCUUUCCCAGAAAAACGAUACUACUUUUGUGUAGUCAUCUCGUAAAUCCACAGAAGACCGGUUGCAUGUUGGUGAUAUUCGUUUUGG